AUGUUGGCAAAAUACUUUUGUUUAGUGUUCUUAGGGUCAUUGUUAACCGUUGUUGAAUCCUCGGCCUUUUAUCGUCAUGGAUAUGGCAGAACUGAGAGUAUUGUGCAACAGAACACGUCUUUAAUUCGACAGAAGCGAGACGAGGAGUGUAGUAAAAACGAAUUCGAAUGCAAUGACGGAACGUGUGUACAGCGCGGCAACAGCGAUUGUGAUGGGGUGUACGAUUGCUCAGACGGCAGUGACGAAGAUUUUGCACUGUGCAGAGAGAGAAAUUGUCAUAAAAUGCAGUUUAGGUGCAACUAUGGCGCAUGUAUCUCCAUUUUCGAAGUGUGUGACCAUAACAGAAACUGCGUGGAUGGCUCCGAUGAACUGCUGCACCGAUGUAAUGGCGGACCGUUAAUAGUUGGGGAACAGUUUAAAUGCCAAAACGGUCAAUUAAUUCCGAAAGGCGGCCGUUGCAAUGGCAUCGUUGAUUGUGCUGAUGGUUACGACGAGAGUAUCGCUGCUUGUGCCGAGUUCACUUGCCAGCCUGGUCAGUUCCAGUGCGAAUAUGGAGGAUGUGUCGAUGGUAGCGCCCAGUGUAAUGGUACAGCUGAAUGCCGUGACGGAUCCGAUGAAAAACUUGGGAUAUGCGGAACGUUGUCUUUUGUCAAAGUUAGCAAUCUCACCAGCGGCACCACAGAGCCUCCUGUGAGCACUAAUAAAUGUAUACUACCUCGUCAACCAGAAAACGGAGUCUAUAAGAUAAUCAGCGAUACCAACCCCAGUGACGCUGACUACGUGUACUUGAAGUACGAAUGUUAUCCAAGAUUCAAACUUGUCGGGGAAUCCAAAGUCUUAUGUUGGAGAGGCGAUUGGCCAGAAAUAAUGCCGUACUGUGUUCAAACCUGUCCCUUGGCAAAGCAUCCUAGUAUAGAGUACCAAUGCACCGAAGAAGGCACCGAAAUGCCCAGAGAAUGCAACGACGAGGAGAUCGAUGGGACAGUCAUCAAGCCACUCUGUAAACAGCCACAUUACUACUCCCCCGUAGAAUUGCCUUACAUGCAAUGUAAUCAAGGAAGCUGGAGCUCUGGACCUAUUUGUGCGGCAGAAUGCGGCACGUUAACGGCAAAAUUUACACCUCUUGUGCUGGGAGGGGAGACAGCAAAUUUUGGUGAUGUACCAUGGCAUGCAGGAAUAUACAAAAAGCAUUCAACCACGGGAGUACACGAGCAAAUCUGUGGUGGUUCGCUGAUCAGCAACACUGUCAUUUUAACAGCUGCCCAUUGCUUUUGGAACGAACACAAAAAAAAGAUUGAGGACGAAUCUAAUUACGCAGUGGCUGUUGGGAAGCUUUAUCGGGAAUGGUAUAAUCCCAAAGAUGAACACUACGCGCAGAAAUCAAAUAUAUCAAAGAUCGUAGUACCGAAGCUGUUUCGAGGGAUAGAACUGGACUACCAUCACGACAUUGCCGUGGUGAUAGUGUCGAAACCAUUCCUAUAUAAGUUGUACGUUCGACCGGUUUGUUUGGACUUCAGGGAGGAUUUCAACAACGAACAACUGAAGACCGGUAAAUUAGGAAAGGCUGCUGGUUGGGGUCUCACUUCCGAGUAUAGAGGGUCACAGUCCCAAGAACUGAAAGUAAUAGACCUGCCAUACGAAGACGAAGAGAGAUGCCUGAACGUGACUUCGCGACCUUUGCUGCAGUACGUUGUAUACGACAAGAUCUGCGCCGGCUCGUUAGAGGGUGAGGCUCUAUGCAGAGGCGACAGCGGUGGCGGAUUGGCUUUCCCCUCCGAGAUAUCCGGGGUGGAGAGAUAUUAUCUACGGGGCAUCGCUUCCACAACCCCCUUGCUGCGUAGCGACAUAUCGUGUAACGUCAACUCUUUGACUAGUUUCACAUCCAUCAUAAAGUACCAGGAGUUUAUAAAGCGAUAUUGGUACCCAUAA